UUGCUUCUCGACGCAACAAUUGCAAACCGACGCUCGCCUCAGUAGCGGGCAUCGAGCUUCUCCAUCGACACGGAGGUAAGUUGACGAAGACGACAAUAACGUUUUAAAACAUUCGAAUUUGUUUCUGCGACGAGUAGAAUUUUCUUAUGGAAUUCGGCAUCGAUGCAGAGAUUGACUCACCGCAUCGUCACCUGACAAAAAGCAAAUGCCAUUAAUUGCUGCAGCAAAUCCUUUUAAGAUAAACGGGCUUUCUUUGUCGUGUCGAGAAGCAGAAUGAAAAUGUUUCUUCUUGCCUUUAACUGCAUUUUUCUGCUAUGCGGACUUUGUUCUGCCAGCCCUGUGAAAGCUCCGUUAUUUAGCACAGGCUAUACUGCAAAGGGAACCUUGUAUAUUCCCUAUGCCGAAAUUCGUGAACCCUUUUAUGCAUGGUAUGAUGCCCAAAGUGGUAACAGCAGAAUAGAUUACUAUGGAGGUAUGGUCAAAACUUACCAACUAUCAAAGGAAGGACCUUAUGGAAGUAGCAUUAAAAUUGCUCCAGUGACAGAUGAAGACAAUUUUAAUAAAGAAACCUGCCUCCAAGUUAAUGGAACUAGUGAUGCUAGAAUAGAUUUACAAACUAUAAUACCAGAUACAACUGGAAUGGAGUGCAUUGGUGAGGAAAUGAUCAAUGGUUUGGCUUGUGAGAAAUGGCGCCUGAUAGAUAGUUUUGGAGAAAAAACGAAUAAAUAUACUUUGUGGAUUCGGUACAAGAAAUCACCGUCGACUCCUCAAAUGAAGGAAGCUAUACCAGUAAGAUAUGAAAUGCGAGGUUUCAAUACACUCUUAGGAUCUCAUUAUGAUCACUAUUACUUGGACUAUGACUGGUAUUCCUUUGAAACACCAAGCUCUGAAGUUUUCCAAGUUGAGCAAAAUGCAAGUUGUGUCAGCUUCCCUGGUCCAGGAGAACAUCGAAUUUACACAUUCAAUCCAAUGAAGGAAUUCAUUCACAACCAUCAAGCACAUGUUGACAUGGCUUUUGAUCGCUUCAAGAAAACGCACAACAAAAAUUAUGCCCACGAUUUGGAGCACAAGCAAAGAAAAGAACAUUUUAGGCAUAAUCUUAGAUUUAUUCACUCCAUAAAUCGCGCUAACUUGGGUUUCACAUUGGAUGUUAAUCAUCUGGCAGAUCGUAAUGAAGCCGAAUUAAAAGUUCUACGUGGAAAACAGUACACUCAGCAUGGAUAUAAUGGAGGAAUGCCGUUCCCCCAUGAUGUGGAAAAAGAAAAAGCUGAUGUUCCAGACAGUUUUGAUUGGAGGCUAUAUGGAGCUGUUACGCCUGUAAAAGAUCAAUCUGUAUGUGGCUCUUGUUGGAGUUUUGGUACAACUGGAGCAGUAGAAGGCGCCUAUUUCAUGAAGUAUAAGAAAUUAGUAAGGCUUUCGCAACAGGCUCUCAUUGAUUGUUCCUGGGGCUUUGGGAAUAAUGGUUGUGAUGGUGGCGAAGACUUCCGUUCUUACCAGUGGAUAAUAAAACAUGGAGGUUUACCAACGGAAGAAGAAUAUGGUGGUUAUCUUGGCCAGGAUGGAUAUUGUCAUAUCAAGAAUGUAACACAAAUUGCAAAACUGAAAGGAUUCGUUAAUGUCGAUACUAAUAACGUAGAUGCUAUGAAGCUUGCUCUUUUCAAGCAUGGCCCAAUAUCAGUAGCCAUCGACGCUUCUCACAAAACGUUUUCGUUCUACUCAAACGGCGUUUAUUAUGAACCAGCUUGUGGCAACACAGAGAAUUCGCUUGAUCACGCUGUUUUAGCUGUGGGUUAUGGAACCAUAAAUGGAAAAGGAUUCUGGCUCAUCAAGAACUCGUGGUCUAAUUAUUGGGGUAACGAUGGAUAUAUAUUGAUGGCGCAAAAGAACAAUAACUGCGGUGUCAUGACUGCGCCAACAUAUGCUAUUGCAGCUUAAUUAGUGAGUUUAUUUUAUUGAAACGGUAAUACUGAAAUCGUAUGACUCUUUUAUACAAAAAAUAUACAAAAGUGUUAAUCAUACUACAUUCUGAAGAAGUGUAGUAAACGAUUGAUUAAUUAGAUAAUUUAAUUUUAUACGAAUUUAUUGUUCUAAGAAACCAUGAGGCUACUCAUUUUAUGUAAAAAAAGAAAGUAAUAAAAAGCAAUAAAAUGUUUUCAUUGCUUAGUUGGAGGGUGUUUUGUAUAUAAUAAAAUACAACGACUCUCGA